AUGGCAUUCCUUUUCAGACCUCCAGAAUCGAUGAAGAGGAACGUAAACUCACCGAAGCUUUCACUCCCUACGACAAUUCUUCGCAAUAUAGAAAUGGAUGGGUCUUUCAGCUCUAAUAAUCCAAUCCAAUUGGAUAGUACACCAGUAUCGUCGGGCUCCAAUUUUUCUAAUUCCACCUUAGUGGCAAAGAAACAGCAGCAGCAGCAGCAGCAGCAGUAUGGUGGUACGCCUACAUCCAUUAAUUCAAAUUCUACGCUAACGAACAAUAGACCCAUUCCACCUAGUUUACCACCUUCUUCAUUAAGGACAAGCUCUACUGAAUUAAUAUCGCAAGAGUUUAAUACUGAUAACAAUAAUUGUAAUCCUAUAAGUGAUUUUUUCCAAAUGCUGAAUAGGAGUGAUAACUUUAAUAACAAUAAUCAAUAUUCAUAUAUGCAAUCUGAGAUAAUAACGUUGGGUAUGCUGGGGGAAGGUGCUGGUGGAUCUGUUGCAAAAUGUAGGCUUCGGAAAAACUCAUCUCAAGUCUUUGCACUAAAGACUAUAAAUACACUAAACACAGAUCCUGAAUUUCAAAAGCAAUUGUUUCGAGAGCUGGAAUUCAAUAAGAGUUUUAAGUCAAAUUACAUUGUUACUUAUUAUGGGAUGUUUAACGAUACGCUGAACGGGUCAAUUUAUAUAGCGAUGGAAUACAUGGGAGGUCAAUCAUUAGAUACAAUUUACAAAAGCUUAUUGAGUAGAGGUGGGAGAAUCGGAGAAAAAAUAUUAGGAAAGAUUGCCGAGUCUGUUCUUCGGGGACUUUCUUAUCUUCAUGAAAGAAAAAUAAUACACAGGGACAUUAAACCACAGAAUAUAUUACUAAAUGAGGAAGGUGAGGUGAAACUAUGUGAUUUUGGGGUAAGUGGUGAAGCAGUAAACUCCUUGGCUACUACGUUCACUGGAACUUCAUUUUAUAUGGCACCAGAGAGAAUACAAGGUCAUCCAUAUAGUGUGACUUGUGAUGUCUGGUCGCUGGGUCUGACCAUCUUGGAAGUCGCGCAAGGAAGAUUCCCCUUUGACUCCGACAAGAUAACAACAACGAUAGCGCCUAUCGAUCUAUUGAUGUUGAUUCUAACGUUUACACCGGAACUAAAGGAUGAGCCGGAGAACAACAUUGCCUGGAGCAAAGCAUUUAAAUCUUUCAUCGAGUAUUGUUUGAAAAAGGAGGCCAGUGAAAGACCAUCACCAAGACAAAUGAUACAACAUCCAUGGAUUCAAGGGCAAAUGCGGAAGACGGUGAAUAUGGAAAGCUUUAUAAAGAAGUGUUGGGAAUCCACAGCAUAA